UAGUUUCACUUAAUUUAACCCCAUAAUCAAUUUCAACUAAAUUAACUAAACAUUGCACUUUACCUCACAUCACAAACCUCUAUAAUUUUACGUCUCUUUAAAACAAAAUGUAUGUAUCAGAAUAUUAGGAUUAUAAAAUAUCAGGAACAGACUAAUAAGAAAUGCCUAGAGCCGAUUGGGAUGUAUAAUUUCACACCUUCGCUUUUAUGUAUUUAAAAUAACUAUUAUUGUCAUUACUGUUACUGUCAAAACGGCUUGUCUCCAAACUACUAAAUCUUUGGAAGAUGCAUUUUGUUAUUGUAUUGUUUAUGAAGUGAAAAACCUCUAGGUUUCUUCAUUAAAUAUGUCUGGUGGGCUCGUAGAUAAAGUUUACAUAGGCUUAGAUAACGCACCUGCCGCAUUUGACAUAAAAGGAAGGAUAUUAGGUCCUAACGGGACUAAUUUAGAGUACAUAAGAUCAGAAACUGGAGUAGUUGCGGUAUUGAAAGGUGAUAAACUUGAACCUUUACAUUUGGCGCUACACCACACUAGAUCAGAUGCAUUAGCUGCAGCGAGGUCAUUGGCGCAAAAUCUUAUUGAGACGAUACGAGCGGAACUGGCACAAUGGAGCGCUGCGCAAGCUGGAGGGCCUCCGCAGGCCAUGAAUGUUCCACCACCGACAUUAACAACAACAUCGGCUCCUCAACCUGUACCACCACCGACUCCCACAGCCGCAUUGGCCACUCCGCCUACUCUCACAUCUACGGUGCCUGCUGUGAUUCCUCCAGUAGUCAGUGUAGCUCCUGCACCUACUCCUCUGAUGACAGUUCGACAACCUACUGUUCUACAACUUUUACCCCAGCAGCAAUAUGUGUAUAACCAAGAAAACGGGCAGCUAAUACCCAUUGUACAGCCAGGUGUACAGGUUUCAAAUACUAAUUUCACAUCACUGCCCAUAGCUCAACAAUUAGGACUACAGCAACCAAAUUAUGGAGCAACACAAAUAGUUGAUAUUUCAAGUAUGCAACCUGUUAACGUGACACAAUUGAGGUUAAGUGGAGUACCAUCAUCCAUGUCAAUGCUACUACCAAAUGGAUUUACGUUUCCUCAAGCAAGUUUAUCGACAGCAGACACUACUGUCAGCUCAGCAACAGCAACUCCGGUGGUAUGUGCAGCACAAGGAAUAAAUUCCUCACAGAAAAUCCUAUACAGCUCUGAUAAAGAUAAAGAUGUAAAAUAUCACAUACAAGGAACAGAUACUGUACAAUGGACCGUGCCGGGAUCACAAACAAUGCUAAUACCAUACCAACAGUUACAAGAUCUCAGUUCUUGUCAACAGGGCUUAUCAAAUUUACAACCUCAACAGUUUGUCUCUAUCGCACCAGCAGGUGGUCUUCAACAAACAUUACCAUUAACUGCUGCUCAAUUACAGCAACUACAAACAGGAACUAUAAUGCAGCUAAAUCAGAAGCCGAUUGUGAGCAGUGGAUCUUUAAUAAACAUAAUAUCGACUGGACAAGCGUCAUCACCACAAGUCUACUCUAAUUCUUCAACGCCUACGAAAAACGCGGGAAAUCAAGAAAGCCGAGGUCAGAAGCGAUUAUCUGACGGUACACCUAGUCAACUGCAAUUAAGACCUAUAGCACCAGCGGGGUCGCAUGUAAGCCUGGACAAGAGCACGACCAGAGAGACGCGCUCGUGGACGGCGGCCGCAGGUAGAGAAAACACGGUGGUCAGCAUGGGAAUGAAAAUCAACCCUACACACGGCACCAUCAUACACGUGUCUUCAGGACAGCAGACUAACGUAUCAGCAACGGGAACUCAAGACGGCACCGGAAUGUACAUACGUCAAAUUGACAAAAACUCCAUACAGAUUCAAUCAAGCAAAGAUAAUCAGAAACAGGAUCUCACCAAAGUACAAAGUACAGCUCAGAACGUGCAAAUGAUUACAGUGCCACAGGGCAUGACCGUUUUGCAAAACCCGCUGAACAUAAGUCAAAUGCCAACUAUGCUUGGACAGCCAAACAAUCAAGUUUACAUGAUUCCCGCUAACCAAUCGAAUCUAGUCCAAGGAGCAUUACAGCCUGGCCUACUUGGACAACAGGUCUUGCAAUCCAGUCCGAAUGUUACUGUGGUACAGCCAAAUCAAUUAGGCGUACCCGGAGGCGUACAGUAUAAUGUUCCAAUAAUGCCAAUGAACAUGCCCGCCAAUUCGCAAUACAUGCCAACUGGUUUAAGUUUAAAUAAUCAGCUAUCGGCGCAUCAGUUGAAUGCGGCCUUGAGUGGCCACCAAUUAAACCCUAAUUUGGCUGUAUCAGGAACUAUACCUAUCGUUCAAGCACCGCCGUCUUCGCCUUUGACGAAUCCACAGAUAGCGGCCGGUCACGCGCCCAGUAUUCCGCAAAUAAUGCCGCAAAACUCCUUCAUUAACCCCACUUCGCAAUAUGGGAGUGUACAACAGCAAUAUAUGAUGCAAAAUUCAGGAGCUCUCACCGUACCCAACAAUAAUGUGCAAUAUACUAUUCCAAAUACAAGUCCUGCGUCUGCAAAUAACAGCAAUGGACAAACUGUGGUGGGUGAUACUGACAAUACAAAUGGAAGUGGCAAUCAGACGACCUACAUCACGUCUUCUUCUCAAGACAAUGGAUAUUCGGUACCUGCUGGUACAUUACAAGGCUCGCAACAGAAUUUCUCCGCUGAAGGUUCUACCGCAACGCAAGGGACGUACACUCCUGUCACACAAGCUAGUACACCGGGCUAUGGUUCUACGAACGGGAAUCAGGCUGGCUACAUCAGUCAAACGUCAACGACACAACCCCCAAACUAUCAAACAAACGGCUCGAAUCCUCCAACGCCCAAUCAAAACUACACCGGCGCAACGUCGAGUCCUCAAACAUCGCAAUCUAACUUUUCUCCGUCAACAACGCCCGCACCCAAUCAAUCGUAUCCGGGGCAGAAUUUACAGAGCAUGCAAAACGUCGGUUUUGCGCCAAAUCAAAAUCCUCAGAAUCCUUACCCGAAUGCGACUGGACAAAAUUUGGCAGCUUAUGCGAGUAACCAAUACCAGUACACGAGCAGGCCUUGGUUCAGGCCCCGGUAUGGUUCCCCCCAGGGCUCCCCGUACAGCUCGGGAGCGGGCCCCCCGCCGAACGGAGCCCCGAUGCCAGUGCCACCACCCUCCACCAACUAUAACUACUGGCCGGAUAGUUGAGACUUGGAAAGUUUUAUAUUCUUGGAAGACGACCAGUGUUAGGCAGAUAUAUUGUAAACGAGACUGUUUUAACUACAUAUUAUAUAUAAAAUUGAAAAAGAUUUAAGAAACAUUUAUACAUAAAUUAACAUUUAUAAAAUGUAAAAAUAAAUUUAGAAAGAUUAUAAAUAGUACUUAAAA